ACGAAUAUAUUAUUAUUGAUAUUCAAACUUCAAAAAUGGUGGGAAGUAUCAUCAUAUUUUAAGGAGUAAAGUUAGGCAAUUUAAUGUCAAUCUCGGGGGGAAUUGAUAAGACCGGUCGCCAGGUUUUAGAGUAGUAAGUGUCCCGUAUUGUCGUAUAAUAGUAUUUGGUAUAGCCUAUAGCCCAUGCCCCAUCCUAUUCAUCCUAAAUCAUUUACGCAUAAGUGUAGUAACAGUAUUGAGGUUUUAUAUGACGUUGAUUGUUGAUGAGUAUUGACAAGACGUAUUACAUAAAAAAACACACAAAAAUAGGAUUGCAAUACAUACCAAUUUACAAAUAGAGUAAAAUGUCAGAUAAUAAAAAUUCUAUUCCAUCACCGACUUUAUGUAAACUAUUGCCUACUUCUAACAAAAUGUAUACACCUUGUCGUAGAGUAGGACUCAAGAGAAAGUCUACUGGUACAUUAGCUCCUAAGACUACAUCGAAGAAAAUAAAAGUUGUCGAUGAAACAUCAAAAUCUAUUGAAUUUGCUGAAAAUACAAUAACACAAAAUAUUAARCCAAAAAACGAUUCGAUUUUAAAAUUGGAGAAUGAGAUGCCAUCAAAUUUAUUAGACAAACACCGUGUUAUAAAAGUACUCAAAUCUGAACUCAAAAAUAGUGAACAGCAUAAUUUAGAUCAAAUAAAAAGUCUAUCAAAAAAAUGGUUAAAUGUUUGUCAAGAGGCUUUGAGAUCACUAUUCAAUAAGUUAAAUGAAAAUGAAAAUUCCAAUGUGCAUACCAUAGAAGAUUUGAUUAAAAGUUUAGGGAUAUGUCCCGAUUUAAUUCAAUUUGAUUCAAAUAAUCAAGAGUUUUACCAAGAAGAAUAUAAAUAGUAAUUACUAUGAAAAGUAAAACAUACAAUUUAAGUGUUAUUUAGUUAUUUAAUUUUAGUUCAU